CAAUGACAGUACGCACGGCGUGAUCACUCUGUGACCUUAACUGGCGAUUCACGCGCUGUAUGCCGGCUUCCCAAUUGUCGAUCUCCGGUUUUACGAUGUACUGAGGAGCGGUGCGGAUGUCUCGAUAACCUGUUGCUAACCAGAAAUCACCUUCCGCUCUCAUGCGAUCCUCCCUGUGUUCAACAUUGAUAGCCCGUAUUUCGCCAACCUUUGCAAGGACCUGCUGAUAGGUGCGUGUCGUGCAAAAAUUCUUUUGUAUCACUUCCAAAGCGUCUUCAGUAGUACCGUAUCGCUCUCUUCAUCGAUCUCUUCUUUGACCACACGAAGCCCACUGUCUUGUUGUUCACGAAGUGAUUGUUCUUUUUUAGCAAUCUGUUCGUCCAUCGUGUCAAGUGAAAUCAAGUGAAACAGUCAAGGUAAUAAUGAUAAGCUUAGCUUGGAGAUGACGUUGAACAUGAACUCGCGAUUUGGCUACUGCAGCACUGUUGUGGAACCAUGACUUCUUGAGCGCUUCGCUAGCCGAAAGUCGCAUGGUGGGUACGGCUACGUGGAAUGAAACGUUCAAGCUAUGUUGCGAAGGUGUUAAACAUGGUGGAUUAA